CAGCCGUCACAUACACACUCACAGAGGGCGACUGCGCCUUUAAGACCCGCAAAACUAACAUCCAAACCAGCCUUGCUGUCAAUGUGCAAGCGAUGAAAUUACUCGAUAUGGUUUUGUUAAAACUCUUGAUGCUGGUAUACUGCUUAAGCGAAACCAAAGGUCAGUAUGGAAAAUCCCUGAGCAAGUAUAUUCGACAUUACGAAGGCCUGUCCUACGACACAGAUGUCUUACACAGCAAGCACCAGAGGGCUAAAAGAGCUCUGUCUCACCAGGACCAGUUCCUGCACCUGGACUUCCACGCUCACGGCAGGCAUUUUAACCUUCGGAUGAAGAGGGACACCUCUCUCUUCGCUCCCGAUCUGAAGGUGGAGGUUUCUGGAGAAGAGAUUCCCUAUGACACCUCUCACAUUUACACUGGAGAAAUUUAUGGUGAGAAGGGCACUCUGACACAUGGCUCUAUCGUGGAUGGGAAAUUUGAGGGUUUCAUUAAGAGCCAUAUGGGCACAUACUACGUAGAACCCUCCGAGAGAUACCUCAAAGACCAGAAUGUGCCCUACCACUCAGUCAUCUACCAUGAGGAUGAUAUCGAUUAUCCUCAUAAAUAUGGAGCAGAAGGUGGCUGUGCAGAUCACUCUGUUUUUGAGAGGAUGAAGAAAUACCAGGCAUCUGCAGUGAAGAAGCCCACCCAGCAGCCGAACCACGUGAUUGACGAAGAGAUGGCUGAUGGACCGGUGAUUCUGAGGAAACGUCGUGCAGCACAGGCAGAGAAAAAUACCUGUCAGCUCUUCAUCCAGACAGAUCAUCUCUUUUACAAAUACUACGGCAGCAGGGAUGCUGUGAUCGCACAGAUUUCCAGUCAUGUGAAGGCCAUUAACUCCAUCUAUCAAAGCACAGAUUUUAAGGGCAUCCAGAAUAUUGGCUUCAUGGUGAAGAGAAUCAAGAUCAACACUACUGAUGAUAUAAAAGAUAAUAUAUCUAACCCUUUUCGAUUACCAAACAUUGGUGUGGAGAAAUUUCUUGAGCUCAACUCUGAGCAGAAUCACGAUGACUUCUGCCUAGCCUAUGUCUUCACAGAUAGAGACUUUGAUGAUGGAGUCCUGGGUCUGGCCUGGGUCGGGAGUCCUACAGAUGAAAACUCUGAUGAUGGAGUCCAGGGUCGGGCCCGAGUCGGGGCUCCUACAGGCAGCUCUGGUGGAAUCUGUGAAAAGUAUAGAGUGUUCACCGAUACGAAGAUGAAGUCUCUGAACACUGGUAUCAUCACAGUGCAAAACUAUGCUUCACACGUUCCCCCUAAAGUCUCCCACAUCACCUUCGCUCAUGAAGUCGGACAUAACUUCGGCUCUCCGCAUGAUUCAGGAAGUGAAUGCACUCCGGGAGAGUCUAAGACUCAGGACCAGAAAGAAAAAGGCAACUACAUCAUGUAUGCCAGAGCCACAUCAGGAGACAAGUUCAACAACAACAAGUUCUCCAUCUGCAGCAUUCUCAAUAUCAGCCUAGUGCUGGAAAAGAAAAGAUCCAUCUGCUUUGUUGAAUCUGGACAGCCCAUCUGUGGUAAUGGUUUGGUUGAGGCUAAUGAACAGUGUGACUGUGGCUAUAGGGAUCAGUGCAAGGACAAAUGCUGCUAUGAUGCCAAUGAGCCAGGUGAACUGAAGUGUAAACUGAGACCAGAUCCAGGCUUUUUAUGCAGUCCUAGUCAGGGUCCAUGCUGCACGUCAGAAUGCGGAUUUAAGAACAGCGGUGUGAUGUGCAGGAAUGAUUCUGAGUGUGCUUUUCAAGGCAUGUGCAAUGGAAACUCUGCCCAGUGCCCCACCUCAGCGCCUAAAGCAAACCUUACAUUGUGCAACAACAAAAGACAAGUCUGCCUUAAUGGGGUUUGCUCUGGCUCUAUCUGUCAGAUGUAUGAGGAUCUAGAGGCUUGCACCUGUGUCACUGAGGAGGGGAAAAAUGAGACAGAGCUGUGUCAUGUGUGCUGUAUGUCAAAGGGUCAGCCCGACACUUGCAGCAGCACUAGCUCAAAGAAAUGGGCUCAUCGCUUUAACGAUACUGUCAUCACCUUACCGCCUGGCUCUCCUUGUAAUGAUUUCAGAGGUUACUGCGAUGUCUUCAUGAGGUGUAGGCUGGUGGAUGCUGAUGGCCCUCUGGCAAGGCUUAAGAAGGCCAUUUUCAACCCUGAGCUUUACACAAGCAUUGGACAGUGGAUAGUGGGGCAUUGGUGGGUGGUUCUUCUACUGGGCAUUGCUCUCAUCAUGCUAAUGGCUGGGUUUAUCAAGAUCUGCAGUGUGCACACACCUAGCAGCAACCCUAAAUUACCCCCACCCAGACCUCUGCCAGGCACACUGAAGAGAAGAAAUGCCGCUGAACAGUCCCAGCCACAGCGCCAUCGCCAGCAGAGAGAGGACUAUCAGAUGGGCCAGAUGCGACCCUGAGAAGCCCUCCUCAUUGCCUUGUUUUUUCCUAGUGCCUACAGUGGGAAACACUUCACUCCAAAGAGUUCGCUGAAUCAAUCAAUGAAGCCCCAUCUACAAACAAAGAAACUGGCAAAUAAAAGGACUUCAAAGCACUCUACUUAAGAAAAUAAGCAUUUUAAAGAGUAAGAAACCACUGCUCUGGGCGCCAGCAAAGCUUUCGUUACAUAGCUCAGAGAAAAAAUCAGAAGCUAGUUUUGAGGAAGAGGACAGAGUUGUACUUUUUUUUCUGCUUUUCUAAUUCUUUCACAAGUUAUUAAACCAUUGUUCUCUCCACAAGGUUUUUUUUUCUUCUUUUGCCUUUAUAUACAUAUAUAUAUAAUUUUUUUUUUUUUUUUUUUUUUGGAUUGCCACCCUCCUGUGGAGAUGAGCAUGAUAGGAUGUCACAGAUAUUUUACCAAUCAAAAAUGGCUGAGAGAACUCCUUAAAGAGACUAAUUUUCCAAUAUGCAAUUAAGAUGGGUUUUUUAAAUGCAAUCAAAAGGAUUAAAAAAAGCUUUUAUUUCUGAAGCUUUCUCAUUGUCUUCUGCGUGCAAUUGUACAGAGAUCACAAAAUACGUCGGAUCAUUUCAGUCAUACCAUUUUUUUUAUUCUGUUUGAUAAUGAUAAUUAAGGAUGUUUAACUGACACUCAGGAUAUAAUAGUUAAUAACAGCACAGAGAGCUUCUAUUUGUGAAAGGCGUUUGCUGAAAGCCACACCGCCAUUGAUAACCACUAAAUAGCUGCAGUUUUUCAUUCCAUGUGGGCAAGGGAGUUAAUGAGAGAGAUGAUAGGUAAAAAACAUCACUCUUAUAAGAAUCCUGAUCUGCUGAGAGUCACUGUGACUUUAUUCAGUAAAACUGGUCCCACAGGAGACAGACUUGAGAAAAUAAACACAUCAGAAAAGAUAGAAGCAAUCUGUAGAUCCUUUAGUGUUUUUAAACACCAAUCAAUAUUUACCCAAAGACAUUUUUCUUAGCAGUUUUCAGUCAUUACAUCUUUCAAUAGAUAAAAAAGAAAAGAUCCAGACUAGCAGCCUAUUUAAUCAAAACAUAUGCCUUGUGUUGCUAUUUAGUGUAUCUGUAACAUCUUUUUUUAAAAUAAAUCCUUCCAUUUUUUUCUAUAAAUGUGCUUUUGAUUAUCUUAUGUGUGUGUCUCAAAUAAGGCAGAUGGUUAUUCAUGCAUUAAAAUGCAUUGUUUGUUCAUGUAUUGUUCUUUUGUGUAUUUUACCAGACCAGGAAUAUUUUGUUAUAUGAAUAUAUUCUUAUGUGAAUGUAUUCUUUCUACAUUUGUUGAAUGGGAUCCUGGUAGUGUGACUGAGAGUCCAAUGUUUCUAAAGUCUGUCUUCUCAAGCAACCUUGCAUCUUUUAAGGAUGUGCAUUUAAAACAUGGAUGAUUUGCUUAUUCCUAGAAGAUGAGUAUUCCCGACUAUAAGUCCUCCUUUUGAUCUAAAUCAUCACCUCAUUUGUGUGUCUCUGUAAAUCUUAAUAGGAAAGAGGUUUUUAGAGAGCUUGACUUAACUGCUCUGACUGCAAUUGGCUUCAAAUAAUAAAUAUUUUCUGUGUUAUUUUGAGGUAAAUGGGUUGGUUGAAUUUGUACGGGGAUUUGGCGUAGGUUUUAAAAAAAAAUAAAAAAAUAUAUAAAUAUGUAUAAAUAAUGUGCACUGAUAUGUAAGCAUGGUGCGUGGAUAAAAUAUGAAAAAUAAGAUGGAGAAAAUGUCCAGUACUACUGUUUGAAUGUAAUGUCUGCUGUUUUGCUUUAUUUGUGUUUUUUUUUCUCUCUUUGCGCUCAAUUUUGAAAAUUUUUACUAAAUACUUUGUAAAAGUAUUGUGCGAUAACUUGUCAUUUUUUUAAAUACUUAAAAUGCAUUAAUAAAAUAGCCUUGAUUAAAAGC